GGGAGGGAACACGGAAAAGAAACCGAAUUCGCACUGGGUGAGACAUCCAGAUAGACAGGUUGGGCGAGAUUCCCGAAGCUGCCCGGGGCCAGAUUAGACAGCCCAUGAGACUGCCCCAAAGCUGAGAAAAGGUGACAGAAGAAAAAAUUACUCUGCAGAGCAGAGAAGCUCACAAUCCGAUUGGGAACGUGACAAUGCCAGAGCCUGGGAUCUGAAGAGCGCGAGACGCCUGUGCAUCCUGGGACUACGUCUCAUGAUCCUCCUCCAUCAUGUCAAAGAAUGAUGAGGAGGCCCCCAAUGAAGCAUCCGAGGGAGAUGGCCUCUCUGAGUGUAUCAUCUGCUUCACUCCAUACGAUACCGUCUUCCACCUUCCAAAAGUCUUGUCCUGCAGUCAUGUCUUCUGUUUGGAAUGCCUCUCUCGGAUUACUGUGGGGUCAACGCAACCCGAUGUGCUCUCCUGCCCCAUCUGUCGUCUUCCUACCUCAGUCCCACCCAAGAAGGGUCCACCGGGGUUGUCCACCAAUGAAGAAUUAUUAGGUAAAGUGAGUAAGCCAUCAAGCUGCCCAGUUCCUUCCCUGAGAUUUAGCAGAAAACGUGGACUCUUGUAUGUGCACAAGAAUAACUCACUCCACCUUAGCACCGUCAGCCUCAGUGUCGACUUGGGACGUCCUCCACCUGAUCCCCGAUCCCCCCGGAAUUUGUGUUCUCUUUUGAGGACUGGAGGUUGCAUCUUCUAUGGCUCUAUAGCUAUGGCCAUUUUGUUGACUAUCGCUCUUGUCCUGGCUGGCGUGUACAUCUUCUACCUGGUUCCAUGGAACAUAAGUAGCAAUGCAGGAGGGGUACCUUCAGGAAACGGUGGUAAUAAUGGAACUGGGAGUAUGCUCAACACCACCACAAACCAUAUGGGCCACUAAGGGAAUUUGGGACCUUUCCACAAUGGUGGAUAUCCUCGAACUGCAUUAGAUGCUGGAAGCCUACAUUGAAGUCAUUUUCUGGACAAUGUUCAUCCAGGUACAAGGCUACGUCACUUACUGGGCAUCACUCAUGGAAGGCACCAGUUGACGGAGGUGUGUCUCUUGUGUGGAAGUCACCUUGUUACAUGGGGAGCAGUCAUGGUUGAUGGGCAGCCUCUGGAUGUCUUUGUCUCCCUCUACGUAGGAACAUUGAAAUUCCAUUCAGUUUAUUGCCCAUAAUAGGUCUAGGUGACCUAGAAAAUUCCAUUGUUUGCACUACCGUAACCUCAAAGACUUAUAAUUAGGCAGUGCUAACGUGCUAAUUCCCCGAAGUUAAUGUCAUGCAAUUAUCAGCCCAUUCUCAUCUGGGACGGCUGUAACGAAGGCUAAAAUUAAGACGCAAUUGUCACCGGCUUUUUGUCUGUAACAAGCAAUAAAAGCAAUUGUUUAAAUCCAGGCUGAAAUCCGGUCCGCAGUAUCUCCAGUUCCCCGACUGCCUCUUUCUCAAGAGUACAUAGGAUUUCACGACGGAUUUUCCAAUGUGAUUAGAUCCUUUCUGAGCUCCUUGAAUGUUAGUGUGCAAUACCCAUCUUCAUACAUUAACUUUGUUCUGAGGUCUAUGUGGGGGGCAUGAAUAUUUGGAUUAUUUGAAGGAGGAAGGCUUAAUGAUCAUUUGGUGUCCAAAACCCUACUGAUUCCAGAUAAAUAGGCCCUGUUAUUUUGGAUGUUACCUCGGCCGGACCUCGAUCGCUGAAAUGAGGUAAUAUCUUGCUGCUUAUACUUCAUCAUUCAGCUCCAUUGAAAGAGAACUUGUAGCUGAAGCACCACUUCCAUCAUCUUCAUCCGGUAAUAUGAACACAUGGAUUUUUUUUUUUACCCCAGUCUCAGAUCUGGGGUUAAAGGGCAGAUUGUCGGGGUCACACAGUCUGCAGCCGAUUACUUCAUACUCUGAUUUAAUGAUAUCCGAGCAUCCUGAUUGGUGCUUUUCUCAUUGCUAUAUCAAACAGCGGAAACAAUCUCAUUUGGAAUUUUCACACAAGCCACUGUUUUCAUAACCAUUUUGUCAUCAUCAUCAUCAUCGAGAUGUGCAAUAGAAUCAGUUUGAUUAAAGUGUUAUGAAUAUUUGAAGAGUCUCAGUGUCCGUUCCUGGGUUGGGAAGGUUAUGAGGCAUAAGAAAGACCCUUGUAAAAAAAAAUCAUAUUUGGAACCUUUGGACUUAACAGAAAAUCAGGGUUUGGGCUGAAUUACCAGCCUUGUUCUUCUUAAAGGGACAGUGCUGUCCCUGCACGUCACCUCCAGACAAUUGCUGUCUCUCCUGAGGCUAAAA